GCCGAACCGCCCGUCGUCGUGAUAUAAUGCUUGCCUCCCCGGCGAUUGUUCCAGAUGCCUCGCCCAUCUUCCAACCCUCUGACACCAGAGCCCCAGUCCUACGCCCUUUAGCGGCGAGCACGCAACUUCUUCUUCUGCUUGAGACAGCCCCGGGCCCGCAGCCUCGCAGGCUUCCACCACCGACUUACAAGGCGCCCCAAGUUACGCCAUCGCUGACGCCCUUUGACAACAACACGCGCCAUCGACAACCUCACUUCAUCCCCCCCGCCCAUCCCAUUUAUAAAAGAUAAUCCCAUCUCCUCCAUCAUGGAUAUCGACACUCUUCCCACCAGUUCUGGAGUCCUUCCCGUCUCCCUCACCCAGCACAAACACUUCCCAGUGGACGGCGGCUUUGCAAAGCCUCACGCCCAUCGUUCGCGCCACUAUCUCGUCCGCGCUGCCGCCAAGCGGUACGCCCACGGUUCCGGCCGCUACGUCUGCAAGGACCUCGGGCUCGUCUGUCCCAACCGUGUCGGAGGUGAAUCGCAGUGUUCUCGCUGCGGCGACUCCAACCCGGUGACCCGACGGGUCCGUCUGGAGGCUGACCUCCGCGCCAACGGCGUCUUUGCUGCGGCUUCCGCCCUGCGAGAGCGCACGCCGCGGACUCGCACCCGAUGGUCUAACGACAAGUCCGAGGGCUGCGACCUCGCCCGCAGCGCCGUCCCUCUGCCCAGCGACCGCUACCGCCUCGUGCGGACGCCCUCCCUCGAGCGGGAGGACGCCUUCCGCGAUGCCGCCACUGCCAAGCGUCUCCGACGCAACCCCCCCGUGAACGAGGACGCCGACGUGGCCGAGCUCUACCGCAUGGGUCUGCUCUACGACGACGAGCAGGACCGCGGCGAGGGCUUCGACCUCAACAGCAUCGACCACCAGGAGCCCGUCUAUUCCAUCCGCCCCGCCAAGCGGUCGCGCAGGAACAAGGCGCGCGGCUGGGACGACCUGGACCAGCUGCACCUGAACCUCUCCUUCACCGACCUGGGCGGCGACCAGACCAUCGCCCAGUUCUUGUCUUCUACGGAUUCUGACCCUUCAGACGACGGCUCGCUGCAGCCGUCGUCGACUCGCACCUCGCGCAUCUUUGCGCCCCUCCGCGUCAUCUACGAGCUCAACGGCUCGCAGCCUGACAUUGACGUCGACACGUCACAGCCGCCCGAUUUGAUUACCGAUAUUCUUUCCGACUACGAUUGCUUUUCCGACAGCGAUCUCGACGACCUCCCCUCUCAGCGGGAGGUCCGAGACAGUGCAGCCGCCCCGGCCUCGGACGCCUGGGUCGUGCUAGGUGACGACUCGUAACAGGUCCGCCUCAGAAUUCCCCCCCGUGCCCCGUCGGGGUUCUGAGCAUUGCAGCCGGCGGGAGAGCCCCGCCGCGGACUGGUCCUCACAAACCUAGCCUUCCCGGGAGUCGCGAGUGCUCCGAGGUGAAAAGGGUGGAGUGGAUGGAUGGAUGGAUGGGAUGGCCGAAGGCGUGCUUUGCCCGCUGGAGCUCGCGGUUGUGGCCGCUUGAGCAUCGCGGAUCGAGGCAUCCUUGCGGACCACCUAACUGUAUCAUCUUGUACAGAACGCGUCCAUUGACGGACCCGCUUGCAUAGUCUUGUAUAGAGCGUUGUCAUUUCUUGUACUUGUUCGCUGGCUAGCCGAGCGCAUUUUACUCAAAUAUCUACAAUAACACGAGCAUUAUUAUCCGUGCCAAACCCGAU